AACUAAAUUGAAAUCCAUUUAAUGACUUAUUAUAAGACAAACUAUGAGUGAAAGCAACAGAAGACGUCUGUUUGAGCUCUUGAAGAUCGCCGGGAAUGACAUUUGUGCCGAUUGUGAGGCCGAAAAUCCUGAAUGGGCUUCAAUUACUUUGGGUGUGUUUUUAUGUAAAUUAUGUGCUAGUAUUCAUCGGAAAAUUGGUAUUCAUGUGAGUCGAAUAAAGUCAUUAAAGUUAGAUAAUUGGGAUCAAUCGCAAGUGAUUAUUAUGGAAGAAAAUGGAAAUAUCUUAUCAAAAAAACUCUAUGAAAAACAUUUACCUAUUUAUUACCGAAAGCCACAUCCAAACGACUCACAUGUUGUUCGCGAGCAAUGGAUUCGUGCAAAAUAUGAACGCAAAGAGUUUAUCAAUCCUUGUUCAGCGCCCUAUACUAAGGGGUAUUUGGAGGCUAUGUUAUGGAAGAGAGGGCGUGAAGACGGAAAGUUCCUGCAGAGGAAGUUCGUCUUAAAUGAAUCCGAAGGAACGCUUAAAUAUUAUGUCAAACAAACUCAAAAGAUGCCAAAAACGGCGAUAAAGAUGGCGUCGUUAAACAUGAACUUCUGUCCGGAUAAGAUCGCUAAUCCUAAUGGUAUGCAAUUGACUUGGAUUAAGGAUGGAUUCACAAGAAGUAUAUUUGUUUACAGUGAGAGUGGAAAAGACAUCAUAGACUGGUAUACAGCUAUCAGAGCAGCAAAAUUGAAGUAUUUUCAGAUAGCAUUUCCCGAAACUCCAGUCGAAGAUCUUUUGAAACUUUUAAGCCGAGACUUUGUCAAAGAAGGCUUUCUCUGGAAAACUGGUCCACGAAUUAGUGAUUCAUAUAAGAGAAGAUGGUUUGUGUUGGAUGACAGAAAACUCAUGUAUUUGGAUCAACCAUUAGACGCGUAUCCAAAAGGGGAACUAUAUUUAGGUGAUUCCAGAGAAGGAUAUUCUAUAAAAUUAGGAGUUCCCAUAGGAAUGAAAGAUUUGGAUGGUGCUUUCUCAUUUACACUAAAUACUCCAGAGAGGACGUGGCUUUUUGCAGCACAAAGUGAUGACGAAAGACAAUUGUGGAUAAAGUCAUUUGAGUCAGUGAUAAACCAAAGAUCUUCGGCACCAAACGAUGCCAUCAAUCAAGAGGUUCGCAAUGAUAUCAGAAAUUCUUAUGAUAUUAGAAAAAGCAGAGAUUCAAGUAUUGUUAAACACAUGAAACAAUUGAAGGAACAUUUUGUUAAAUAAUUUUCAAUAUCAAUGUUUUAAA